AAACGCCCGAAUCUGAUCCACGGAAGCUUAGUUAUAAACAUGGAGGACGAGAAUUUUCUCGUUGGAGGAAAGCAGCUACAUGAACUUAGAGUUGUUGAUUUGAAGAAGGAAUGCGACAGAAACAAACUGCCCAAAAAUGGAACUAAGCGAGAACUUAUAGAAAGACUUAAAGCGCAUUUUCAAUUUGAAAAAAUUCGGAAUGCUGAUACAACUGAUGAAGUUCCAAACCAAAAGAUUCAGGAAGGUGCAGCUGUAGAAAAUGAUUUCAUCAGGCAAUACUUGGCCAAACAAAGGGAGCUUAUUGUGGAACAGAAGAAGAGAUUUUCAGAGGAGGAGAGCCAGGAAUCAGGUAACUCGCAGGAUGAGUCAGAAUCCAGCCCAACCAAGAAAAGCCCUUCAAAGAGUUUUGGUGAGCCAAGCCCCACCAAGACUCCAGCAAAACCAAGCUUUCCUGAGAGCAAUAACAAAGAUAAGGGAACCCCAGGAACAAGUGCGGAGGAGACGGGUGAAACAUCUAGAAGUUCUCGCAGCAAGCGCUUGAGACAAAGUUCACGGGACUCAACACAAGAGGUGUCUUCAGCAGAGGAACUGAAAAAGCAACAAGAAGCUGAGGAAAAAAGAAAAGCUGAAGAAGAGGAAAAGAGAAAAGCUACAGAGAAAGCUGAAAAGGAAGCUAAAGAAAAGGCUGAAAAAGAAGCAAAAGAAAAGGCUGAGAGGGAGGCCAAAGAAAAGGAGGCCAAAAUUAAAGCUGAAAAAGAGGCAAAAGAAAGAGAAGAAAGAAAGAAAGCAGAACGAGAAGCAAAAGAAAAAGAGAGAGAAGAGAAGAAAAAGGCUGAAAGAGAGGCAAAAGAGAAGGCUGAGAGAGAAGCAAAGGAGAAGGCUGAAAAAGAGGCAAAAAGGAAAGCAGAGAAGGAAGCAAAAGAAAAAGAGGCAAAGGAAAAAGCUGAAAGAGAGGCUAAAGAAAAAGCUGAGAAAGAGGCUAAAGAGAAGGCUGAGAAGGAGGCUAGAGAAAAAGAACAAGCUAAAAAGAAAGCAGAAAAAGAAGCUAAGCUAAAAGUUGAAAAGGAGGCUAAGGAAAAAGCAGAAAAAGAGGCAAAAGAAAAAGCAGAAAAAGAAGCUAAAGAGAAAGCAGAAAAAGAAGCUAAAUUAAAAGCUGAAAAAGAGGCUAAAUUAAAAGCUGAAAAAGAGGCUAAAUUAAAAGCUGAAAAAGAAGCGAAAGCAGAAAAAGAGGCUAAAUUAAAAGCUGAAAAAGAGGCUAAAUUAAAAGCAGAAAAAGAAGCUAAAGAGAAAGCAGAAAAGGAGGCCAAACUUAAGGCUGAGAAAGAGGCUAAGGAAAAAGCUGAAAAGGAGGCUAAAGAUAAAGCUGAAAAGGAGGCUAAACUUAAGGCUGAUAAAGAGGCAAAAGAAAAAGAAGCUAAUUUAAAAGCUGAAAAAGAGGCAAAAGAAAAAGAGAUUAAAGAAAAGCAAGACAAAGAAACAACUAAAAAAGAAAGUGAUAAGAGAGAGGGAAGAAGCCGGAAGAAGUCCUCAUCAUCUUCUGAUUCAGACACAGAGGAAGAGGAUCCAAAGGGAAAACAUGAUACUAAAAGGUCAAGGUCAGCAUCUUCAUCCAGUUCAUCUUCAAGAUCAUCAUCCUCAGAGUCGGAAAGGUCAAGGUCACCCAAGAAGUUCCGGAGCAGGUCACGGUCCACUUCACCAGUUCAACCCGGCAGUACAGUGUCUGUGGUGAAGAAGAAGACGGAGAAAUCGACAGACGAUACUCAAACAACAGACAUGUCAGAUGUUCAGAUUGGUGACACAUCAAUGGAAGUGGAAGAUGGAGAAAUCCCUACAGGUGAUAAGUCGUCUGCAUCAGACAAGGAUGAGAAAAAAGACGCAAAGAAAGAACAGCAGGGUGUUGCUACAUCAGAUGAUACAGCACAGAAGAAGGCCCCUGAGGAGCCCCAGGAGAAGCCAGCAAAGAAGAGGAGAUGGGGAUCCACCAAAACCAGCACCUCCACUGACACCACCCAGGCCAAGACCAAGCGGCUCUCCAGUAUUGAAUUCUCAACAGAGUCUCUAAAGGAGCUGAUGCCAGACAUUAAAUCCAGUCCUAUUUCUGAGCCAGUCUUGGAUUUAGACUUACCAGAUGAGAGAAUUUCUGAUCAGGAAAAUGAAGCAGAGGAUAAAACAGAGGAACCUAAAAUUCAAAGAACUAUUGUUGUUCGUGAUGAAACGGUGAAGAAAGAGGAAGGUGAAGAGAGGUCCGACGGUGAGGUGGUGGAUGAUGAGGAUGAUGAAGAUAAGGAAAAUAAGGAGUCAGACAGUGAAGAUGAAGGGGAGAUAAAUGGUGACCAGGAGGAACCAGCCAGGAAAGUGGAGAAGAAAGAGGAAUCCUCGCCAGAGAAAAAGCCUGAGCCGAAAAUCAUCCGACGAAUCAGCCAGCCCAAGCCUCUCAUUGAACCAGAUGAACCAACCGCUGCCGGACGGUCCCCAUCUCCACCCAGGAAACCGGUAUCUAACAUCAUACACAUCAGGAACCUGACGCGUCCUUUCACCCUCAACCAGCUGAAGGAGUUGCUGAAGAGAACCGGAAGUCUGGUGGAAGAAAGCUUCUGGAUCGACAACAUCAAGUCCCACUGUAUUGUCACUUAUGAAAAUGAAGAACAGGCAACUGCUACGAGGGCUGCCCUCCAUGGAACCACAUGGCCCCAGUCUAAUCCCAAAAUUCUCAAGGUGGAAUAUGCUUCCAAAGAUGAGUUGGAGCGUUUCCAGAAUCCAAACAAACCGUUAGUGAUAACCAAGGAGGUUAAACAGGACACACGGAAGGAGAGGGAGGAGAAAGAGAGAGCGGAGCGUGAGGCCCGCAGGGAGGCUCGUAGAAAGGACGAGGAGGAGAAGAAGAAACGACGCACGCCACCCAUGCGGGAAUGGGACCGCGACAAGAUCAGACAGUCCCAGGAGCGUGAAGAGGCCCCACACAGGGGCAGAAGUAGGUCAAGGUCACCCAGAAGGGGGGGACUGAGGGGUAGGGAUGCAGAUACAAGGAGAGACAGGCGAGACCAGAAAGUAGAGGAUGAACCCCCAGCAAAGCUUCUUGAUGAUUUAUUUAAGAAAACCAAGACAAUACCGUGUAUCUACUGGUUACCAUUAACAGAGGAACAGGCAGCAGUUCACGAAAAGAAGAAAAAAGAGGAAAAGGAGGAGCAAGAAAAAAUGUGGAAAGAGAGAGAAGAAAACGCAGCCAAGAGAUUACAAGAAAGGAGAGAGAGAAGCCCUUGGCGUGGGGACGAUGACCGCCGAAGAGGAAUAGGAGUGAGGGGUCGGGACAGACCCAUCAGGAAUCGCAGUCAGUCUCGUAGCAGGGACCGCGCCCCCCGGAAUCGCAGCAGAAGUGACGACAGAAGCAGAGACCGAGGAAGACGGCGAUAGGAAGGCGGCUGUGUUUUACGUACACACUUUUUACAUUUUUUUCCCCCCCCAAUGUCACAUCUUCAUUUUAUUCUGGGCUAGUUAAAUAAACAAUCUUGUUGGCUGGUACAUUGUAGACAUUCUGAAUAAAAUUUGAUUUUUAUUAUGACAGUU